AUGAAGACUGACGAACGGCUUUCGGCGAUGUUUCUCAUGAGUGGAAAUAGUACUACCGGCAAUAAGUACCACGAUGGCAUUGUGAGCAGACUUAACUACUCGAAAUCGUCCUCUGAUAAAGUCCAAGAGGAUAGAACCCUCACGCGCGAAUGCUGCGGUGAUAUAUGUUAUGCCGUAGAGGUAUCAGCUGAUACGCGUGCACACUGUUAA